UUUCCAUUCAGUAAGAGGUUGUGGCUGGUAAGUUUUACAAGGCUGGAGUACAAAUCCUAUCUCAACUUUAGUCACCUUUGACAAGACACACAGGAGACAUUGUGUCUAUUCUUUGGCAUGCUGGUCCUUACACAGCACAAUGAUUCAGAAAUUGAGAUGCAUCCUGUUACUUGUAUGAUUUGGGAAUACCAGCUCAGACUGUUUGGCCAUGUUGCUCAAUUUUCUGAGUUAGAUCUUGAUUACCAUGUUCUCUUCAAUAAGGACCCAGCUGGGUUGACAGCUUGUGUUGGUCAACCGCAUGCUUCAUGGUCACAGUAGUUGAGGAGACAUCUCAUGGAGAUGGGAAUUGAGUAGGACUCUGCUCAGUGGGUUGCCCAGGAGGAACUGGGAAUAUACCAACAAAUAGUGAAUGCAGCAACACAUUGCAACAGCACAUGCCUCCUCACCUGACCUGACCUUGUUGCUUCACAGCUGCUACAUCACUCUCUCUUUAGUUAUAUAUUGAAUCCUCUUCUGUACUGCUCUACAAUUUUACCCAUCCUUUUCUUCACCUUUAUAUGGUUUUAUUCUCCUCUCUUUUUACCUCUACAUAAUUACAUUCAUCUUUUGUACUUAGCCUACAUUUCACCUUUCUCAUAGUUACCCUAAUUUUUCAUCUCACCUUUCCAAAGUUGUUUACCCAUCCACAGUUACACUCAGCUUUCUACUGCUAGGUCCAUGUUCUUUUUAGUUAACUUUCUACUUCUCCUUAACCUUCAUUAUGGCAGUACUCUCACUUGUCCACUUCAGUAAUAUUAUCACUUAAUAACCAAAGUAAUAUUAGCCACUUUCUGAGUAAAAUGAUUCUAUUACAUCUUUUGAGGACCUCCAAGCAAUUCUUAAGUUUCAAGUGCAUUCUAGAGGAGAAAAAUAAACCUCUUCCUUUUAUUCUGAUAUUACUUAUUCUGCUGCUAAUGAGAAAAAGGAGAUAGAAUUUCUCAAUAAUGUGAUACAAACUGGCCAUCUUUCAAAUGAAGCCAAUACGUUACUUACAAUAAUAUUGCGCCUAUUCAAAAUCAUGCUUUCUCUGGAUUGCUGUUGUACUCACAAAGUAUCCCUGUAGCAAAUGUAUGUAGCUUUUCAAUAUUACACAGAUUUCAAUAAUCAACUGAAUGAAAGAAAUACAGUAUUUAGUUCAGAUCCUUUCAACUGACUUUGCUUACAUCCUUUUAGGCCUAAGUUUUUCAAAAUUGACAUGUGUUUAAUUAAAAUAAAUCAAUAUUUUAAUAUUCAUCUUAAGUUUCCAGAAGUUACCAACCUUGAAGAAGAUUUAAGCCAUGUUAAGAUUGCUUCCAAAGUCAAUUUUAUUGAACUUGAGAAAGAUUUGGCAUUCAUCAGAAAAGGCCUUAGUGACAUUGAAAAGGAAUUAGAAUUCUUGAGGUCACAUAACACAGACAGCAGGGAUAAAUUUAUUUCAGUAAUGACAGAUUUUAUAACAGUAGCUGCCUACAAUUUUUCUGAACUAGAAGAGUCCUAUGCAGAAAUGAAGCAAAAAUAUGAGAGAGCUUUGAAAUCUUUCUGCGAAGAUCCCAAUCAACAACCUGAUGAAUUUUUCUCAGUACUUGAUACAUUCUUGAUAUCAUUUGCUGAAGCAAAGAAUGAUAAUGAUAAACAAAAGCUGAAGAAGAUUGAGGAAGAAAAACGGGCCAAACUAGAGCAGUCAAAGAAAGAAAAAGAUAAACAAAGAUUGUUGAGGAAACAAGAGUCUCUUUCAAGCAAUUGCUCUAAGGAUAAAUUAACUAAUGGAGUAUCAGAAAACAAUGAAAAAGGUUUGCCUCCUAUACAUCUUCUCAUUAAUUAUCCUAUACCAGCUUGCAUAUGAUACAGAUCAGACUACAUGCACAGUGCUAUAUGUGACGUAUGAUGAAUUAGAAGAAAAUAUUUAUUUAUAAGAAAGCCAAAUGUUAAAAGGAAACUAUUCUAUGUAGAAGGAAACUAUUUUAAUGCAAAAUGAAAAUUGCCUCUCCUGUUUCCAUUAAUAUCAUUAGGUAAUUAAAAUAACAUUAGUCAA